AUGGAGAGUCGCAAUCCAUCGGUACGAUGGAGCCCUACAAAAGAGCAAAUAAGCAUUUUAGAGAACUUGUAUAAGGAGGGAAUAAGGACUCCAAAUGCUGACCAAAUACAAGAGAUAACUUGUAGGCUCAGGGUGUAUGGUCACAUUGAGGGAAAGAAUGUCUUCUACUGGUUUCAGAAUCACAAAGCCAGGCAAAGGCAGAAGGAAAAGCAACAAAGCAGUGGAAUCAGCUUUUAUCCUCAACAACCAAAGGUGCUAACACAUGGAAGUAUUAACUCAAGAACUGAGAAAGUUGUGCCUUUGGGGAUGCCAAAAUUUCGUGAUGGCUCGCAGAUAUACAAGCAAUUGCACCAGAAAGUAUCCGAUUACAACUUUAGCAUCAGUAAGCCACAAACGUUGACUCUCUUUCCCCUUCAUCCAACCGGCAUUUUGGAAGGAAGAACAACCGAGCAAGUGCCUUCUCUUGCUUCAAAUUCUGCUGAUAUCACUGAUAAAACUUCUGGUUCUUCUGAUAUUGAUGGAGAUGGUCGUCCAGGAAACCAAUCGUUCAUUGAUUUUUUCACUUCUGAACAAAGCAGUCGAGGGAGUGAUUAA